GUUCAGCCUCCGAGCGGCGAAACUCGCGUAGGUCUCCACCGAUAAAACUUAAAGCGGAGAGCAGGCGGAUCACUCGGCACCGCCAUGGAGCUGACGGACAACAUGGGGCCGAUUUUCACUAGUCCCGAGGAUCAGACGCGCAUUUUACAGCUGAAGGCCCACGAGUGCUUAAGGACGCAGUUGAACGCCUCGAUUGCGACCCCCGAGGACCACUGCCCACCGGUUUGGGACGGAAUCAUGUGCUGGCCAGCGACACCGCCGGGCCAACUCGUGGUGCUGCCCUGUGCCAACUACAUCGCUGGGUUCGAAUAUCAAGGCAACGCAAGUCGGCUGUGCACAAACGACUCUUCUUGGUUCGUCAACAAAGAGCACAACACUGACUGGACCAACUACUCAAUGUGCUACAAGACACCGUUGGCCACAGUGGUGAUCAAAUUGGCCGACAUGGCAAACCUCUCGCACACCAUGGCGUGGAUGCCGAUUUUGAAGCCGGUGGUGCACGUCGGCUUCGGCUUCAGUCUGCUCUCGCUGCUGAUCGCCUUUGGUAUCUUAGCAACGACAAAAAAACUCCGCUGUCCCCGGAACACCCUUCACAUGCACCUUUUCUCUUCAUUCAUCCUGCGCGCCUCCAUGGGCUUACUGAAGGACUCUUUGUUCAUUGAGGGCGUCGGAAUGGACUCAGACAUCGUGGUCAAGGGCAAUGACACCUUUUUCAGCCAGCAAGAGAAGAAUUGGGCGUGCAAGAGUGUGACCAGCUUGUGGCAGUUCGCGCUCGUGGCCAAUUACUCGUGGAUCCUGAUGGAAGGCCUCUAUCUGCACAACCUCAUCUUCCUCGCCCUCUUCUCUGACUCCAGCGCCAUCACUCUCCAUGUUGUUCUCGGCUGGGGUAUGCCAGUGGUGGUGGUGGGUUCGUGGGUGAUCAUUCGCGCCGCCUUGGAGAAUGACUUUUGCUGGACCACGCAGAGCACGUACGUUUCCCUCAUCAUCCGAAUUCCCAUCGUCGUCUCUAUCCUGAUCAACUUCGUCUUCUUCCUCAACAUCAUCCGCGUGCUCUUCCUGAAGCUCAAGUCGUGCAUUUCCGAGGAGACCCGCAGAUACAGGUAUAGAAAAUGGGCCAAGUCGACUCUGGUGUUGGUGCCGCUGUUUGGAGUGCAGUACGUUUUGUCGCUGGUGCUCUCGUGCUUCACCAAGGACAACCCUAAUGUGGAACUUCUCUGGCUGUUUGCCGACCAGGUGUCCUCUUCCUUUCAGGGUUUCUGCGUUGCGGUUCUGUACUGCUUUCUGAACGCAGAGGUGCGCACCGAGUUGUCCAAAAAGUGGAUGCGCAGCCCGUGGCGUCAAAAGAAGAGCCUGGGCAAGGGUGGACGAAACUCGUCACGCGGGUGGCGUCUCCGCUGGUCCCGCAGCUCCUACGCCACCUCGAACGUGUCCAUCGAGUGUCGCAGGGCGGUCGCCAUCGACACUAAACGACCUGCCGUCUGCGUGCCCCUCUGCGAAGAAAUAACUGCCAGGCGAGAAAAUGAGCCCAAGAGGUGCCGCUGCGAUGAUGCGUGCGAGUGUGAGGAGGAAGCGGCCGUGAUUGAGAUUUGAUGCCGGGACGUGCGUUUCUGGAACAAGAAAUCUAGUUGUGCUGCACAAGAUCUCUAACCAACCGAGCGGAAAACUAUAAUAAUAUAAUUAACCUCGCACUACUUUUCGCUCUCCUGCCAAAGAGGCGAGCUGGAAAAUCUCUACGCGCCGUCAAAUUAGAAAAUAUGUGACAAAAAUUCAUCGCCAAACUCAGGCAUUUCGCCCUUUUCCGUGUUUUCUAGUCGUUGACUGUUUACGAAUAUAAUAUUAUAAAUAUUAAAUGUGUUCAGAGUUCAUAUUUUAUGUCGUUAUACAAAUAACCGUUUAUAAAUGUGAUAUAUCUACGUGUCAUAUAUAUGUACAAUUAUAUAAAUUUUGAAAUUGAGAUUUGCCUUCAGAAAAAUCAUUGUCUGCCAUAUUUUUCUGUCUGGGCGAACUUAAAAAAAUUUAAAAAAUUUUGAAAAAGAUAAUUAAUGAUUAUAUUUUGCCACAAUUAAUUCUAUAAGCACAAAACUCAAUGUAUCAAAUUUUCAUAAUUUAUUGCAGGAAAAAAACUUCAUGAGGGCAUUUGUAGAUUUUGAAAUAAUUGAAAAAGUCAUUAAUUUUGUGUGAAACCAAAUCUCCAUUUCAUCUACCUGUCUUGACCGUCGAAGAAAAUAAAGUCUUCAUGUGCUGUGAUUUGUCC